UUACGAAUUUCAAAAUCCUUUCUUGAUGUGCUCUCUCUAAUAAUUGCCAAUGAGUAUUUGUUGAUCCAGAUUCUCAUUCCGAUUAUCUGUUUCUCCAGCUACUAUUUUUUUCAAUCUAUCUUUAGCAAGUUUUGGUAUAGUUAUUUGCUAGAGUUAAUAUUCAUUAGUUAACUUGCGGUUUUUGAAGACGUUAACUUAAUUAUCUAAACGCACAUCAGGUAGUGUAAUUGUGAUUGUUGGUGUAGUAAUCGAUUUAAUAUACAGUCGUGAGAAAAAAAUCAACGCUCGCGGUCAAAAAACUCUAAAAAAAAUCUGCAGCUUUCGUUCUUUUUGAUUUUAACAUCUCAAAGCCAUUAGUUUUAGUUUUAUAAUGAGUGAUCUGUGUUGUUAUUGAGUUAUUUUUUUGGUGACGACAAAAUAUCAAACUGAAAAGGUUAUAAUUAACAGGAAAGAUAAUAAAACCCCUAAUUCACAGUCCAUACUUUUCUCUUGAGGUCAUCCCAUAAAUGCUCGAUAGGAUUCAAGAACGGGCAACGCGUUGGCCAAUCCAUAGCGGCAAUUUCGACAUCCUGAAAAUACUGCCGCACGGAAACUACAGUGUGUGGUCUGGUAUUGUCCUGCAUUUGGAUGUAGUUUUAGCCGAUGAAACUAGCGAUACACCAACUCAAUUUUGGUUCCGUUGAAAUGCCCCUCAAAUCAUCUUGGAUUUCUGUCGAAAAGCCAUGUUUUCUUGCUUCCAGCACUACGUGAAUCUUUCACCAGAUCUUUUGUACUCUCGUCUUCUUCUAUCGCUACCAUGCAGACACACUGCUUUCGUCUGCUCUAUUGUUCGUCAGUCCAAUUAACGUGUUCUCUGGAAAAUCGUAGACUGGGUGGACUGGAAGCAAGUAUGUGGCAUUUUUGGCUCAAUUUUAGCUGUCUUAAGUCUUCUUCUGACUGUCUAGCCACUCAUAGCUACUCCUCGCGUUUUUUUGAGAUCGUAUUGGACACCAGUGAGGGUGUGACUAUUCAUGAAUCGAAUGUGCAUCUUUGUCUUCCGGAUCGCGUCCUCGAUUAAAGUUACCAGUCUCUUGGCAAUGACGGUAAACUCUGGAAACUGCAGAUUGAGUUAUGAUCAGCCCACGUUAACUGAUAGUAUUGGGUCAGGUAGUCAAUUACCCCUAAUUAGCACUAUGUAAACAAGCAUAAAAAGGUGAUUACUGAUCAUAAAAUAUUGUUUUACUGUGAGAUAAAGAAACAUUAUAAUAUUUUAUAUCGUUAUUGUUUUGUAAAGGAUCCUAUAAAUGAUAGACUACGAUCUAUGUAGCUGUCGGUCAUCCAGAUUCUUACUGAACCUUCCGACGUUGCAGUACUGCUUUAGUACUCGUGGAAAAAAACAAUUUUGAAACUCAUACUAUUAGAUUUGAGGAAAUACAAUUGAGGGCUCAGUUUUUCAACCACCGAUUGGAGGGCUGUCGCCUGAGUCAAUUUUUUCCCCACAAGUGUAUAUCACUAACUAAUUAAUAUUUUCAUUGAGAUUUCAUUUGAUAUAUUUUUUAAAUUUUGAUCUCUUCUUGGAUAAUAAUUUAGUAGUUUGAAUACGCAAUAUUUUUAUUAAAAAUAUGCUUUGGAUUCCUCGUAAUAUUGCAUGAAUACAUAACAAAAAAUGUUUUUGUAUUUCGGCUGCGUCAACAGUGUUUACUUAUAAAUAAACAGCAUUAACUGAUCGGCAUAUAUUAAUAGGUAUCUCAUUGACCUUGUUGCCAAGACGCAUGUUAUAAGUAACUUGAUUUUUAUGUUGGUAUUACGGUUUUGUGGAGGGAGCAGCAAUAGUUGGAUUUGAAUCCGUCGACGUAAAGUGUUUUAUCAGUGAGCAACAUUCAACGACCGUGAAAGAUCAAACAUUGUUUCUGAAUUCAAUAAAAUGAUUGUAGAAGAUGACAAUUUUGUAAUCAGUGGUCCUACACCGACUGUUCCUAUACCGGAAGGACUGCUAGGAAACUUUAUGUAUCAUAGUUUGUUAGAAAAUGAUAAUAAAUUCGAUUGUAUGGUUAAUGCUUUCACUGGAGAAACUCGUUCGUGUGAAAAUAUAUUGAAAGAUACCUGCACGCUUGCUCAAGCAUUACAUAAUUUUGGUGUCCGUCCCAAUACUAUAGUUUCCAUAAGUAGUGAAAACAGCUUGAGAUUUUGCGAUGGUCUUAUAGCUUCUUUAUAUUUGGGAGCUACAGUAGCACCAAUAAAUCAUUUAUACACUGAAAACGAAUUAACGUAUAUUCUCAACUUGUAUCAACCGAAAAUUAUAUUUUGUUCCAGAUUAACUGUAGGAAAAUAUUUAGAUAUGAAAAAGAAACUCAAAUUUAUAGAAAAAGUUUUACUCAUUGAAGAUGAUGAAUCCUCUGGUAUUGAAAGUAUAGGUUCGUUUAUUCAAAGCAACUUGGGAUCUGUUCAUAUUGAUCCUAAAAAUUUCCGACCUUUCAAUGAAGCGGAUCCAAUAGAUCAUGUAGCACUAGUGAUGAGUUCAUCAGGUACGACUGGUCUCGCUAAAGGUGUGAUGCUUACAGAUAGAAAUAUUUUAGUCCGGAUAUCUCAAAGUAGAGAACCAUUAUAUACCACCGGACCCACCAAUGGAAAAUAUUCAUUGGGAUUAAUGCCGUUCUUCCAUGGGUUUGGACUAAAUUUGUUGAUAGCCGCUAUCUUGAAUAAAGACACACUGGUAGUAUUCAAACAAUUUGACGAAGAUGUAUUUUUGAAAGCAAUACAAGACUAUAAGAUAUCAAGUAUUGCUGUAGCUCCACCAUUAGCUGUAUUUUUAGCUAAAAGUCCAAAAGUUGAUAAAUAUGACUUGCAUUGUAUUGAAGAAGUCAUAUGUGGAGCAGCUCCUUUAUCUAAAGAAACAGAAAAUGUGCUCCAAAAAAGACUCAAUCUACAGAUGAUUCGACAAGGUUAUGGUUUAACGGAAGCCAACUUAGCCGUAAUUCUUGUUGGGAAAAAUAAGAAUAAACCCAGAAAACCUGGUUCAAGUGGAACUGUAAUAACUUAUAUGACUGUAAAAGUUCGUGAUCCUGAAACUGGGAGAUCUUUGGGACCAAAUAAAUUGGGAGAAAUUUGUAUUAAAGGUCCGUUGAUAAUGAAAGGAUAUAUACGAAACCCUCAGGCUACAAGAGAUACUUUUACAUCGGAUGGGUGGCUAAAAACUGGUGACUUGGGAUAUUAUGACAAUGAUAAAGAUUUUUUUAUUGUGGACAGACUCAAGGAAUUGAUCAAAUAUAAAGGAUUCCAGGUAGCACCAGCUGAACUUGAAGCUAUACUAUUGAAUCAUCCGAAAGUUCUGGAUGUUGGAGUUGUAGGAGUUCCCGAUGAAUUAGCUGGUGAACUACCGUUAGCUUUUGUUGUAAAAAAACCAGGGGUUGAUGUAACCGAAAAAGAGCUAGUUGAAUAUGUCGAAGGAAAAGUCUCCCCGCAUAAAAGACUGAGAGGAGGAGUUCAUUUUAUCAAUGCUAUUCCGAAAAAUCCAAGUGGAAAGAUUUUGAGACGAACGUUAAGAACACUAAUCACGACAACUAACGUUAAAUUGGGGUCAAAGUUAUAAAUAAUUUGUUAUCCAAUGAUUGUUGUUAUUCAAUUUGAAUGUUAAUCACUAUUCUAUGUGAAAUUUAUAUUAUUUGUUAUAAAUAAAGUUUAUCGGUAAAAUAUAAA